CGGGAUGGAGCGGCGAAGGGAGAUUAGACGGCGCGUGCGAGAAUACCAGUUGGAGCAAGAGGAGCGUGAUGCACGAUGCAGCUGUGACCGCAAAGCUGAGAGAAGAUGAAGAAGUCACGGGUUGCUGUCGCGAGCAUUGAACAUUGAUGGAGGCUGUAUUUCUACUCUCUAUUCUUCAUUAUCUGUCAUUCACAUCGAUGCUUGUAGAUACCUGCCUGCUUAUGGUCAAGGAGCAUUCCAGCUCUGUGGAAAUCCUGUAUUAUGGUAUGAGUGCCGAAGCACCUCGAGAGUUGGUUGCGGAGAAUGACUGCACGUCGGGUAAACGAGCGGAAACCUCAUGGUGCGAAAGGAUCUUGAGGGACUACAGGAAUUGCCUGAGGCUGCCUGAAGGGACGCUCGGAAGUCAGAUCUCAGAUCUCAGAUAUGACCUAGUAGAAGACGGAUGGAAACCGAUAACAACGAGGCACAUUUUCCUAUGCUGUGUACUAAUGCGUAGUCGGGAUCCGCAAUAUAUCCCCACCGAUCAAGCAGGCUAGAGUGAUGUGUUCCCCAUUCGAUUCCGAAAUAGAUCGGCUCUCUAUCUAGCGAAAACCAUGUCACGAUUACAAUGUCGUGAUUUAGUAAAGCGUCGUCCAAUUUCCCUAUCACUUCCUUGCAAGAUCCUCGUGGC